AUAUCUACUGGGAGCUCUCGAGAAGGCCUGAAGCGUUCCAGAAAUGACCCCGCCAAGUGUGCGACUGGCCACGGCAACAGAUCAGGGGUUUCUGGGAAACACGAGUCCGGGAAACGUGAGUCCUAUUUGUCGUCCACCAGCAAGUUUCCGGCAUCCAUGUCUGAGAAGCCACAUCGCCCAUCUUCCUCUGCUUCCUCUAAGCCAGGCGCCAAGCCAGCGGCCGGGAAGGAGACCGCCUCAGGACAGGACUCAGAGCUCCAGUCCUCCAACGCGCCACAGAAGAAGCCGAAUCCAACGCAGCAGAAGAAGAAUCCUCCAGGUUCCUACUUGCUCUAUCUGUCGGGCCUCCCUGUAGAUGCCAAGUACCAGGAAGUGGUGUCACUGGUGCAGUCCUUCGGCAAGGUCACCAACGUCCUCAUCAUCAGGAACGAGGAGGGGGAUGAGGACCAGGGGCAGCCGCAAUACAGUAAAGCCACUGUUUGCAUGCAGAAAGAGCAGGAUGCUAAAGCACUGGCUGAGUGCCUCACUCUCACCAUACGGGAACACCCCAUCUCUGUCUCCGACCAGAAUGGCGAGGAGGAGCUUACUUCCUCGAUACCUGUCAUUAUAAAGGGAGAAGUGAUCGGUGCUCCCAAGACACCUGCAGCCCCAAACGAGGCCAACUUGACCGUCAGAGACCCAGAAGCCAGCGUUGGUCAGAAGAAUUCAAAUGAGAUACACAGGGAGCAGGUGAAGCCACAGAGGAAGAGGAAGAGGGGCUGUAGAGCGGGACAGAUCGAGAGACUCAAAAGACUGCAGAGGGAAAACAAGAGGGGCGUGGUCAAGAUUACUGGACUUCCUGAAAGCGGCUGCUCCGAGAUUGAUAUCGCAAAGCUGGCCCAGCCCUUCGGUACACCUGUCAAGAUCCUCCUCAUCACCAAGCCCAGUGAGGCUCUGGUCACCAUGCAGGAUGUGGAGACAGCCCAGAAGAUGGUGAAAGUUUACACCGACAUGCCUGUCUGCAUCAACGACUCUGUUCUGAACAUGAGCCUGCUUCCAAAUCUCCUGGUGGACUUCAACAGACCGGUGGCACUUUUCCAUUCAUUGAUGGGACCCAGGAAUCCUGUUAGUAAGGCAGAGGUGGGAGGUGAUGAUGACUGGAACCGUCUCCUGGUUGUCAGUAACAUCCCGGCCACGCCCUCCGGCCCAACAGAGAUCCAGAAACUGGUCCAGCGCUUCGGCACAGUCCAACAGACUCUGGCACUCAAGGACAAGAUCAUCUUUGAGAUGGGAACAGCAGACAUGGCCAAGAGUGUCUUCAACCGCUUCCAGAAGUUUCCCUGCAUUGUUCAGAACAACAAGCUUGCCUUCUCCUGGAAACCUGAUCCCAAGACUGAUCUACCUAAAGUCGACAUCUCCUCUGCCGGCUCAACAGCUUCAACUGAUGGCAAUGACUCCCAGACUGCAGAGACCACUAUGCCCCCUGGUGGCCAGGAGGACUCACUGUCUCAGUCAGGAUUAAAGGUGGAGUCAGGAACCGGGGUUGAUACCAAGGUUGAAGGACAGGAGGUUCAGCCAGGGAAUGAAGGGAUGAAUGUUGAAAAAGGGGCUCAAGCCACACAGUCUCCAGCAUUAGGAGGAAAGGAUCCAGAGAAGGAGCCUGAUGCAUCUUCCUUACAGCCAGCAGGAGUGAACCAGAGAGAACCUGGAGGUCAGGGUGGAGAGGUCGUCACAGAGAAAGUUGUAGACGUAGAGUCCGAAGAACCAGUCUCCUCAGAUGCUACCUCCGCUCCUCAAGCUGCUAAACCAGAGACAGAGAAAAUGUCUGUUUCCAGUUCCACAAUAGUCACCCCAGCCCCAAAAGUGAUGGCGGCCAUCAUAGAGGCCUUACGACAGGAGAGCAGGAACAGAUCCUCUACCAGGAUUACCACCGUCCAGGCUGCAGCUGAGAAUCCUCCAGGUAAACAGCCAAAAGAUAAGGAGACUCCAGAUGUUCAGGCUGCCCCCGCUCUACCCAGAGUGACCCCAGAGAUCCUGAAGGUGCUGCUGGAGGAGUGCAGGGUCCGGUCUACCAGUAGGGCCGGCGCUGAGCAGGCCAGGAAGGAGCAGGCUCAGGCGCCCCCUGCAGGCCAAAAGCCAUCCACUGGAAACCGAAGAGACCACAGUGGAGACAGGGAGCCUGGAAGAGAGCAGGCCACCAAGAGGAAGACCCGCGAGGAGGAAAGGGAGGAGAGGGAGGGAGCAAGGAGGGAGAGGGAGAGGAGGCUGAAGACCCAAGAGGAGGAGAAGGAGAAAGGGAGGAGGGAGAGAGAGAAGAGGCGGUCCCACAGGGAACGGUCAUCGGGAUCACCGGGGUCCAGGUCCUCUAUGAGGUAUGAGGGGAGCCGGCACAGUGGGAAGAGCGGCGCCAGGUCUGAGUCCAGGAGAGGAAACGGAGAGGAGAAACAGCAGGAAGAGGAGGAGUUAGGUGAGAAGCACCUCCCCUUCGACAUGGAAGACUUUGUGACUGUGGAUGAGGUGGGGGAAGCAGCUGCGGUGCCCCGUCCUCUCCCUGAGACAACCACAGAGGUGACUGAGGUUACAGAGGUGACCGUCAACGACCCUGUGACCACAGCCUCUGAGGCGGAGCAGCAGGCACCAGCUGACACUACAUCAAUGGAGUUGGAGGGUGAGCCUGGGACAGCCAAGGUACGGGAGGAAGCGCUGGACAAACGAGAACAGAAGGAGGAGGGGUUGUCCCCAGCAACCACAGAGGGGUCGGUGAAGACUGCAGAGGGACCUGGGGACGUGACAGAGGAGACAUUUCCAGACUGUCAGGGUGACAUCAAAGAGCCUGUGGUCACUGUGCUGAAGACGACCUGCGACGAGGUCACUGAGGAGUCCACAACCACAGACGCACCUGUCGCCGCCGAAGAAGAGGAACGGGAUGGACGAGUGGAGGGCCUCAACAUGGGGACGUUUCUGACGGUGGACGAGGUGGGACAGGUGGAGGAGGACGGGAAGAAGAGGUCUGCUGCGAACGUGGAGUUGAAGCGAAGGAGGACAUCUCAGGAGGAGAGAGAGGAGGAGACAGCGAGGAGGAAGAUGAAGAUGGAACCCCUCUUUUAUAAAGACUACAGCAUCCCUCCCUUCAACCCUGACAGCCCUGUCGGCAUGGAGUUUCUGGUCCCCAAGUCAGGCUUCUUCUGCAAGGUGUGUUCUAAGUUCUAUAGCGGAACUGACGAGGCUGAGAAGAACCACUGCAAGACCCUCAAACACCAUCAGAACCUGGAGAAAUCCCUGGAGAAGUGGAGAGUGAAGAAAGACUGAGUCCAUGAUGAGCUGAAGAGUUAAACAUUGACUGUCUGUGUCCCAACCACUGACUGAUUCAUUCCUGUCUUAACUCUUUUCCCACUUCCUUGUUUUUGUUUUUCUUCCUCAUGGGUCCAAUCUCACUCACUCACUCACUCACUCUCACACACUCACACACUCACAACUAUAACUGUUUCUUUUUGUUAGUUAUUUUCCCAUGAUAUAGAAGAGAAGUGACUCAAUAGAGAGAAAUUAAAGUAGAAACCAGUGUACAAUGAAAAUAAAGUGUUUUAUUCAA